AUGUUUGAUUUGAAGAUACAUCGUUCAAGGAAUUUGAAAAUUAUACCAUUGAUUAAAAAUCAACACGAAUGUGAAAACAAAUCAAAUAAUAUGGAAAAAGAAAUAAUCGAAGAAGGCGAUAUUUUAGAAUUAGAACCAGUGAUGGUUCCAUCUGAUCCAUCAGAAUGGAACUCAAAUCACAUCAUAUCAUGGAUUUCAUGGUGCACUAAAGCAUUUUCUAUAAAACCAAUACCGAAUACGAUCAAAUUUCCAUUAACUGGCAAAGAAUUAUUAAAAUUAUCGUCUGAUUAUUGGGAAACCAUUCCUGGUGGAAAAAUUUUAGCGCGACAUCUUGGCUAUCUUCAGUUCCAGGCAACCGGCAUACAGACUCCAAAUUUAUUACAAGAAAAGAAAAACGAUGAGAGGUUCAGCCUCCUUCAACGAACUUGCUCCCUGAUUGGAUCAACAGCUGGAACCAGCGGUUCUGGGGCGGUCGGAGGCGGACAAGUUCAACUCUGGCAAUUCCUGCUGGAGCUACUCUCGGAUUCGUCGAAUUCAUCCUGUAUCGCGUGGGAGGGCUCUAACGGGGAAUUCAAACUUACCGAUCCGGACGAAGUCGCGCGUCGAUGGGGAGAACGGAAAAGCAAGCCGAAUAUGAAUUACGACAAAUUAUCACGAGCGCUCAGAUAUUACUACGACAAAAAUAUCAUGACAAAAGUACAUGGAAAACGAUACGCGUACAAAUUUGACUUUCAUGGAUUGAUGAUGGCCUGUCAGACGCAAGCCGGUAUUACAUUGGAAAUGUCUCCAUCGUCGCGAGGUACAGGCGCAAAUUGUCAUCCUCAUCAUUCUCAUCAUAAUCAUCACUUAUAUCCAACAGGACCAUCGAGUUCAUCAGUAUCAGCACCUCCACCGCCUCCAGCGCCUCCGCCACAUCCAUCACAUUAUUGUUGGCCUUAUCACAGAUAUUCCCCACCAGCGUAACAUAAAGAAUUUAUUGUUUUUCGUUUUUAAUAAUGUGAAUAAUUUUUUUAAUGAUUAUAUUAUCUAUUAAUAUUACAUACAUAAUUGUAAAA